GCCAACGGGAACACAGCGAGGUGAUGUUAUGCACGUGGAUUGUGUUUUGUUUGUUUGUUUAAUUGUUUUUUGUUUUUUUUUUAAACACACUUAAAAUACUAUCCGGGUGUUUUAGAUCGCGAAUACAUGGUUCUGGUUAUCUGGCUAGUUUAAACAAAGCUGUGUUUUCACCCUACGGCACUGUUAGCUACGAUAGCUAGCUAGCAUAAUAGCACAUCUGACCGCCUUUUUAUUUAUUAUUAUUAUUAUUUUAGUAAUUCAUAUCUCAAUAGUGUUAUAUAAAUAAAAUAUUUCUAUUCAGGCGUCAAAACUACGGAUAAGUACAGCUAAGUACAGAAAUGUUUUUUUGUUGACUAGCCGAAGCCUGUAUUUAUUGUCAUGUUAAAAUUGAUGUUAAAAUCCAUAAGUUACUAUGACAACGCUAGGGAAGUUAACAUCUGGUAGAGUCAGUGAGAUAUAAACAACUGAGUAUAGAGUAAAUGCACUACUCAGAAGCGCACACUUGUGUAAACUCUUGAGGUUUUUCCAAGUAGCAGAGGAGAUGAAUGGGAAAGUUAUUCCCUACACCCCUAUGGCUGUGGACUGCUGGCAGCUCAGAAAGUGCAGCCACGUCCGGCUUUUCUUCCUCUCACACAUGCACUCAGAUCACACAUCUGGACUCACAUCCACCUGGAGCCACCGACCCAUAUACUGCUCUCCUCUCACCGCAAAGCUCCUCACACUCAAACUACAGGUGAACGAAAAAUGGAUCCGGCCUCUGGAGGUUGGGGAGCCACACAUGUUGCCCCUGGAUGACAUUGGGAAGGAAAAAUUGACUGUUACGCUUAUUGAUGCCAACCAUUGUCCUGGGGCUGUUAUGUUUUUUUUCGAGGGCUACUUUGGCACUAUUCUUUACACUGGUGACUUUCGGUACACUCCAUCGAUGCUUCGUGAGCCGUGUCUCAGGAACAAUACUACUAUUGAUGUGCUUUAUUUGGACAACACUAACUGUGACCCAACACGUUCAAUUCCUACUCGCCAGCGAGCCUGUCAGCAGAUGAAGGAGAUUAUACGAAGCCACCCAAACUACACCGUGGUCAUCGGCAUGUAUGCUCUAGGAAAAGAGUCUCUGAUCGUAGAGUUGGCGCUGGAGUUUAAGACCUGGGUGGAGGUAGAUGUGGAGCGUCUGCAGACACUACGGUUGCAGGAGCUGCCUGAUGUGUUCAGCACAGAGCCAGGCUCGGGGCGUUUCCGUGUCGUUGCUCAAUCCGAGAUCACUGCGUGCAAUCUUUUGACCUGGAAUAAGGAGCAUCCUACCAUCGCCAUACUGCCCACCAGCCGCCCAGUGGUCUCCUGCCACCCUAAUGUCCACGUCGUGCCCUACUCGGACCACUCCUCCUACCAGGAGUUGGAGGACUUUGUUUCAGCUUUGCGUCCUCUCUCACUGGUGCCGAUUGUGGGCAGCUGCAUGCCAAACCUCUCUCAUUUGUGCCAACGCAAGAAGCGACAUGAGGUGAUGAUACCCGAAUCAGUACAGCACUACAUGAGGUCAAAGCCUAAUAAUCAGCUGUUUACUUUCAGAAGAAACAUUCAUCAUCAUUCUUUGCACACAGUGGUUCAAGGGGUUGUGUUCGAGUCACCUGGAAAGAAUCCCAGCCUCCCUAGCCAUAAUGCUGAGGAAGAUUCAGAUACUGUGGAGGCAGACAUUGAUUUUGAACUGGAUGAAAACUCUGACUGCAUUCUGUUAGACAUGAGCACAGACCUCGUGCAUGAUGUUAAUAUUCAGCACCCUAAGAGUUUGAUUAGGAUCAUGUCAGAGGAUGAAACCACGAUUGACAGUCUCCCUCUAGAUGAGACCGAUUCCCCCGUUUCUCUUUAUAAUAAUAGCACCAGCAGAACCACACCUUUACCCUGUGAUAGAGUUACUGCUGUGACCCACAAAAGUCCCAGGAAGAAGAGCCCUGAAAUGGGAAACAUUAACUCUAGAGUGAUGUGCUCAUCAAUGGACAGCAUUAGUCUUCAUGACAGCAGUUGUGUAAUUACUUUAGCAGCUUUAACACCAUCUGAAACACAUCCUGAUUCAUCAGAAGCAUUCGAAACAGUCGACAGAGAGAAAGCAGAGCAAUGGCUUCUCAACAACUUCACUAUUCCAGAGGAAGAACUCACAUGUCGAUACGGAGUCGUUCGAGGCCUACACGAGGUGUAUCCACUAACGCCAAUCAAUAUGCCAAACGCUGAGGGUGAUCUGUUUGAGGCUGCGAUACAGAGAUUCAAAUCCAAAUAGGUACCUAAAUCAUUUAGGAUAGGGAUCUCUUAGACACUUUGAUUUCAGUGAAAACCUGAAGCCCUUUACUGACAAGACUGUAGACCCCGAUUUACAACAUGGACGAUAGCGUAUAAGAUAACAAGAGUGAAGCAUGCAGUUGAAAAGUGUGUGUGAACGUGAUGUUAAUGUAACAUGAUGUGUUUUAUUAAUUAUACUCACCGUUUGUCUUUAUUUAAAUCCGAUCUUGAGAAAGCUAAGGAAGCAGAACUUUUUUCUUCUGCUUAAUCCAAGCCUUUGUGUUGAUUCUACCACAGUAACAGCCACUACACUCUCUUCAGUUUUCCAAUACAACUUGCUUAAUUUACAGUUAUUUACAUCAAGUUGUAAAACUCUUCUCUAGUGUGUUCAGUAUUUUUUUGCUUAUUAUGGUAUAUGUAGCACUUUAAACCAUGUUCCUUCCUACUGCAGCAUCUUGCAUUGAGUUCUUGUUUUAUAAAACCAAAUCCAUUAUGUGUCUUGUUAUUAUGCCUAAGUGAGUGUUAACUGAUUGUCUUUUUAAAAGUAUGGAAACCAUUAUUGUAUUAAAAUAUUAAGAAAUAA